GUCUUACUCAUAAUUGCUCAACAUAACUUUCGCCUCUGAGCGGCAGGACAGGAACCCGCUCGAUAUCAAUGGCAAAAAAAAAGUAGUCUCGAUAUAACAUCGCCGAGCUGUCCACCAACACCUUCGUUUAAUGUCUAAAGCUGCUGCAGUGUAGAAAAACUGUAGGCACCAUUUUCUGGCUGCAUCCGACCAGAAUAAUCGCUCUUUCACAAUGCCUGUGGUCAACGUCGACGAUUUAGUGCGUCUGCAGCACAACCCAGACGAUAUCCGAAAUAUAUGUAUUUUAGCACACGUCGAUCAUGGCAAGACAUCUCUCACAGACAGUCUCAUCGCGACAAAUGGGAUCAUCUCUCCCAAGCUUGCGGGCAAGAUCCGCUACCUGGACUCUCGUCCAGACGAGCAACUACGAGGAAUCACAAUGGAGUCCUCGGCAAUAUCACUUUAUUUUUCCAUGCUCCGACGCUCAGCGCCAGAUGCCGCGCCGCAAACCAAGGAAUACUUAAUCAACCUGAUCGAUUCACCAGGCCAUAUAGACUUUAGCAGCGAAGUCUCGACUGCAUCACGGCUGUGUGAUGGAGCAUUGGUACUUGUUGACGCCGUCGAGGGAGUGUGCAGCCAGACCGUGACAGUCUUGCGUCAAACGUGGGUUGAGAAACUGAAACCCUUGCUGGUCAUUAAUAAAAUGGACCGGCUAGUGACCGAGCUCAAAAUGAGCCCUGCCGAGGCGUAUUCGCAUCUGAGUAAGCUGCUAGAACAAGUAAAUGCCGUGAUCGGUAGUUUCUACCAGGGCGAGCGGAUGGAAGAGGAUCUUCUUUGGCGGGAACGUAUGGAAGAACGAGUUAAUGCUGCUGCUGCACGGGAUAAGGAUAAGAGCGUGACAUCGGAUAUCGACAGUGAGGUACACUCUCAGCUAGAUGAAUUCGAGGAGAGAGACGACGAGGAUCUCUACUUUGUGCCGGAGAAGAAUAAUGUCAUUUUUUGCAGUGCGACAGACGGUUGGGCAUUUACGGUCCGACAGUUUGCAGGCCUAUACGAAAAGAAGCUCGGAAUCAAACGCUCUGUGCUGGAAAAGGUGCUCUGGGGCGAGUUCUACCUGGACCCAAAGACAAAGAGAGUAUUAGGAUCGAAGCAUCUCAAAGGACGUGCUCUGAAACCCAUGUUCGUCCAGCUGGUCCUGGAUAGUGUGUGGGCUGCGUAUGAGGCUACUACGGGGGGUGCUAAAGGGAAAGGAGAUCCAACCUUACUCGAAAAAAUCACCAAGUCAUUGAACAUUACAAUCCCACCUCAUGUCCUUCGAUCAAGAGACCCUAAGAAUAUAAUGACAACGCUCUUUUCAGCAUGGCUGCCUCUAUCUACAGCGGUCCUUGUGUCAGUGAUGGAAUAUCUCCCGAGUCCUCGGGCAGCCCAAGAAACCCGACUGCCCGAAAUGAUCGAAGACUCCCCGGGCUCCGAGUUCAUCGACGAAAAGAUCAAAGAUGCCAUGGUAAACUUCAAAACAUCUAUUAACGAUCCUGUUGUGGCGUAUGUCAGCAAGAUGGUCGCGAUUCCAGAAAGCGAGCUCCCAAAGAACACGAAACGGGUUGGGGCAACGCUGACGGCGGAUGAAGCCCGGGAAUUAGCAAGGAAGAAACGCGAUGAAAUAGCUAAAAUUCAGGCAGAAGCGAACGAGCAGGCGGAUGAGUUUAGUCGAGUGACUUCUGCUCUGGCCAGCACGAGCCUAGACGACGAAGACCAACAACAAUCUGAUGAAAAAGUCGAUAAGGAGCACUUGAUAGGCUUUGCUCGACUAUAUUCCGGAACGCUGACAGUCGGAGAUUCUCUAUAUGUCCUGAGUCCAAAAUUCUCGCCAGCCAAUCCCCAUGCCAAUCCAGAACCUCGAAAAGUCACCAUCACCAAUCUAUAUCUACUCAUGGGCCGAGGCUUGGAACCGCUCAAGUCUGUUCCGGCCGGCGUCGUUUUCGGGAUAGAAGGGCUUGCAGGCCAUGUGCUCAAGACGGGCACUCUCUGCAGUCAGCUUGAAGGCAGCAUCAAUCUGGCCGGUGUGACCAUGGCAAGCCCGCCGAUCGUGCGAGUCGCCCUCGAGCCAGCUAACCCGGCAGACUUGAACAAGAUGAUCACCGGUCUUAAGCUACUAGAACAAAGCGACCCGUGUGCACAAUACGAGGUUUUGCCUAGCGGUGAACAUGUCAUAUUGACUGCUGGAGAGCUGCAUUUGGAACGCUGCUUGAAGGAUCUCCGGGAACGAUUUGCUCGAUGUGAUAUCCAAGCAGGUGAAAUCAUAGUGCCGUAUCGAGAGAGCAUUGUCAGUGCAGCGGAAAUGCCAGCCCCGAAAAAUCCGGAGCUGGGGCGAGGAGGGGUGCUCACUGUUUCCCCAUCUAAGCAAUUAACCAUCAAACUACGAGUCAUCCCUCUUCCGUCCGAAGUCACGGAGUAUCUGUCCAAAAACGCGGGCACUCUGAAACGGAUACAUUCGGAAAAGAGAGCAUCCGCUGCUGGGGAAGUAGUUGAAGAGAUCGAAAACAGGGACGUCGAAAAUGCUGAUUCACUUGAGAGGAAUGUACUGUCAGUAGCAGAUUUCAAGAAAGACUUCCAGAAACUCCUAGCAGAGUCGAAACACGAGGAUCUCAAACAGGACAUAGUCGACAAGGUCAUUGCAUUUGGACCUCGAAGAGUUGGACCAAACCUAUUAAUUGAUGCUACACAGGCUAGCACCAGUGAGAAGCUAUUAUCCGAAGAACAAAAAGACAGCCAAAACGGCCAUCUCGACCGCCGAGCCGUCACAGUCCGAGACCUAUCCGACAAAAUCACCUACGCCUUCCAACUGGCCACGGCCCAAGGCCCACUCUGUCAAGAACCCGUGCAGGGCAUUGCCGUCAUCCUUGAGGACAUAUCCGUUCACGCCGAUGACGAGCACGCGCUUGACUUUGGCCGACUGACCGGCGAAGCAAUCCGGAUUGUUCGGGAGUCUAUAUCUCAGGGCUUCCUCGACUGGAGCCCACGCAUCUUACUGGCAAUGUACAGCUGCGAAAUCCAAGCCUCAACCGAAGUCCUCGGCCGCGUAUACGGGGUAAUAACGCGACGACGCGGCCGCAUCCUCUCGGAAACGAUGAAAGAAGGAACGCCCUUCUUCACAAUCCUGUCCCUCCUCCCCGUCGCCGAAUCCUUUGGCUUCUCGGACGAGAUCCGCAAACGCACGUCCGGCGCUGCAUCGCCGCAGCUGAUCUUUGCGGGCUUCGAGGCCCUCGACGAAGACCCCUUCUGGGUUCCGGCGACAGAGGAGGAAUUGGAAGAUUUGGGGGAGUUGGCGGAUAGAGAGAAUGUAGCGAAACGGUACAUGGAUGCGGUGCGCACUAGGAAGGGGCUUGUGGUUGCGGGGAAGAAGUUGGUCAAGGAUGCGGAAAAGCAGAAGACGUUGAAGAGGUGAUUCUUACAUUACAUAGACAAAGAUCAACUAGGUAGAGAAAAGUACAGGGUGCGGUUGCAUAUAGGUUUGGUUUACAUACAUUAUUGAGCGUUGGUUUUAUAUCUACACUAACUCAUGUCGUGUAAAGUCUACAUGUGUUAUACUAUGUCCCCGUAGUGACGAAUCCAACUGCCACGCAUGUAUUUGUGCAGCCAGAUAGAUAGUCUAGAUGCCAACGGACAAUCACUUAAUAUCCCUCUAAUGACAAACACAGGCUGACAUUGACGGUCAAGACCAUGUAUACUGAAGAGGUUCACAACUUGGCAACUUCACAGCUUGCAACUUCACAACUUG